UCCAUCAUUUAAAUUGAGCUGCAGAUGAUCAGCUGCGACUACAUUCAGCACCUCGCACUUGGCGAAAACACCACACAACGCAUUUUUAUGUUUUUUUGGUCUCGAUAACGACAUAAUUGUUGCUUGCGGUAAAUUAGUCGGGGCCUGGCUGUUGUGUGGCCUGAAGCGGGAGCGGCUGAACAAUAACGGCGGCGGCGGUGUGACAGCGGCUCGGCGCAUCGUCUCCGGGAUUCCUCCGCUCGCUUUUGGACUGAAUUCCGGCUGGACGGCGGUAACGUGAUGUUGUGCAUGAGCAGAAUGAUCUAGGCUCGCCUCUGCGGUGUCUGUUUGCUGAAAAGAGCUGGGGAGCAGGGACCAAACUCUUCUUGAAUGCAUUAUUUCUUUGGCCCAGAGCUGCUAAGUGGCCCGGUCAGACAAUUGAUGAGAGCUGAAUGAGAGGGACACCUUUGAAGAACCGUCUUUGAGUUUUAAUAGAAAUACGGUUUGGAUUCAGCUCUCGUCUGUAGACAGUAUUGCUGAUAAAUUAUUCUGCAAUAGCUUUCAACAAGGCUCACUGAAUUUAAAAGUCCAGCUAAGCCUCAUUGUCAUCAUCAGGACCAACAACAACCACCCACAGAAGUGUAGCAGGACGGACAGACUCUGACCACAGUGUUACUUAGGUUUUAUCUGGGAUGGUUGUGUGAUCAAACAACCGUUCAUUUGAAAGAUAAACAAAAUUUUAUCUCUAUGCUUUGAUUUCCACACUUUUAAAGCACACUAUUAAGAUCUUUUCUCAUUUUCAAGAGAGUUUCCCUCAACUCAACUCAACCCCUUGCUUGGCUUAAGAAGCUGUGGGGUUUUCUCAAUGACUUGCAUAACUAAUAAUAAAGAGCAGUUUUUUUCUGUACUUUUCAAGUCAGACUGAUCAGGUUAUUAUGAUUUUGAUUUAAAGAUCUUAACUAGAUCUGCCCUUGACACAGCAGAUCCUCUAAAUUUGAAUUUAUUAGUUAGGUUACCGGUUAUUGUUAUCAUUGUAUUACUGCUAGGACAGAGUAGGAUUCAAUCUAUUAACCAGAGAUUAAGCUAAUCCAAGUAUUCAGUUGAUCAGCAAGCAGUGUUUUUGGUCGGUCACACCUAUCGGAGGCUAGACUACUCUCCAAUCAGCCCCCAACAACCAUGUUCAGCUGGCUGGGAACCGACGACAGGAGGAAGAAAGAGCCAGAGGUCUUCCAGACUGUCAGCGAUGGGCUCAAGAAACUCUACAAGACCAAACUGCUGCCGCUGGAGGAGAGCUACAAGUUCCACGAGUUCCACUCCCCGGCCCUGGAGGACGCCGACUUCGACAACAAGCCCAUGGUGCUGCUGGUGGGACAGUACUCCACCGGCAAGACCAGCUUCAUACGCUACCUGUUGGAGCAGGACUUUCCUGGCAUGCGGAUCGGACCUGAACCCACCACAGAUUCCUUCAUAGCUGUGAUGCACGGCGACACAGAGGGCAUCAUCCCCGGCAACGCUCUGGUGGUUGACCCCAAGAAGCCCUUCAGGAAGCUUAACGCAUUCGGAAAUGCCUUCCUCAACAGGUUUGUGUGUGCCCAGCUGCCCAACCCAGUGUUGGAAAGCAUCAGCGUGAUCGACACACCGGGGAUUUUAUCAGGAGAGAAACAGAGAAUCAGUCGAGGCUAUGACUUUGCAGCUGUCUUGGAGUGGUUUGCGGAGCGAGUGGACAGAAUCAUUUUGUUGUUUGACGCCCACAAGCUGGACAUCUCCGACGAGUUCUCAGAAGUGAUCAAGGCCCUGAAGAACCACGAAGACAAGAUCAGGGUUGUGUUGAACAAGGCAGACCAGAUAGAGACCCAGCAGCUGAUGAGAGUGUACGGCGCCCUGAUGUGGUCACUCGGGAAAAUAGUCAACACCCCGGAGGUGAUCCGGGUGUACAUCGGCUCUUUCUGGUCCCACCCUCUGCUGAUUCCAGAUAACCGGAAGCUUUUCGAAGCAGAGGAGCAGGAUUUAUUUAAGGACAUUCAGUCUUUACCGAGGAACGCAGCGCUGAGGAAGCUGAACGAUCUGAUCAAGAGGGCUCGGCUGGCCAAGGUCCAUGCUUACAUCAUCAGCUCACUGAAGAAAGAGAUGCCCUCUGUGUUUGGGAAGGAGAACAAGAAAAAAGAACUGAUCGGCAGUCUGGGAGAAAUCUACAGCCGCAUAGAGAGAGAGCAUCAGAUAUCACCUGGAGACUUUCCUAACCUGAAGAAGAUGCAGGACCAGCUCCAAGCUCAGGAUCUCACAAAGUUCCAGCCUCUGAAACCCAAACUCCUGGAGGCAGUCGAUGACAUGCUGGCCAACGACAUCGCUGGCUUAAUGGUCCUGGUCCGCCAAGAGGAAACCCAGCGGCCCAACCCAGUCGUGAAGGGCGGCGCUUUCGAUGGCACGUUGGAUGGCCCGUUCGGCCACGGAUACGGCGAAGGAGCUGGCGAAGGCAUUGACGAAGCCGAAUGGGUCGUCUCACGCGAUAAACCUGCUUACGACGAAAUUUUCUACACGUUAUCCCCCGUCAACGGGAAGGUGACAGGGGCCAACGCCAAGAAGGAGAUGGUGAAAUCAAAACUGCCCAAUACAGUGCUGGGAAAGAUCUGGAAGCUGGCAGAUAUCGAUAAGGAUGGGAUGCUUGAUGAUGAGGAGUUUGCGCUGGCCAAUCACCUGAUAAAGGUGAAACUGGAGGGACAUGAACUGCCAUCAGAUUUGCCACCACACUUGGUGCCCCCGUCUAAGAGAAAAAUACCUGAAUAAAUGUGAGAUUAAAAGCUGACCCUGCACAGUUUCCAUCCCUCAAGCAAAAAAAACCCUUUAAAAGAGUAAUUGACCACAGUAGCAUUCAAGCAAAAAAUGUCAUUGAUGGGAGAAAUAAAGAAAAUACCAGAACAGAUUAACAAGAAUACCCCCAAACCAAGAGCGUAAACCCUUCUCUCUUCUCUACAUCUGCUGCCCCAUUUAAAAAAAAAAUACUAAAAUAGAGCAGAAACUUAAAUUUGAGUUAAAAGUUACAUUUUUCAGUGGAAUUCUAUUGAAGUCAAAGCAGCCUUUUCAGAUAUUUCAGAUGUUCACAUUUCCACAGUGCAACAUUUCACCUGGGCCAAAAAGCUGGAUCUAGAUUAAUUCCACUACUAACAUGCCAAAAAAAAAAAAAAAAAAAAAGCUUUGAAAAUCUUUGCCAAUAGCUCCCUGUCCUGCUUCCUAUUCUGCAUAAGGUGAUAAGGAGGGUUAGUGAUGGGAGGAAUGGGUAUCUAGGGGUGGGGGACAGUUAGUGGGGUGAUUAAUCAAGAUGGAAAAAGGCCUAAAACAAGAAACACUGGAACACAGACAUAAAAGUUAGUCUAAACUACUGGAAGAAAAUGGAUGAGGAGGAAGAGGGGACACCGAGGAGAAAGAAAAUUUGGGAGAAUGGGGACUGGGAUUUAAAGGUGCAUAUAAACACUGUGAACAAAGAAGGAGCAAUUCCGAAUAGCACAUUAGAUCAAUGAAGUAAAUCCAUGUUUGACUGCGGUAUACCAUAAUACCUUUCACAUCCCUUUCAGGUGUAGACUAUGGCUUCAUUUUUAUGUCCCAGCACCACUCAGCACUCUGGCUUUUGUGUCAUGGCGUCAUACAGAAGAGUUAGAAAGACUUUUUAGUGGGCACACAAAGAACACACAAAAUGGACAAAAUGAGCAUUUGAUGGAAACGUUGAUUAUGGAAGGAUCUCAGUGAUGAAGAGCGACGAGUCUGUCCCGCUCAACUUUCAAACAGCAUCAAAUAUGAUUACCUUGUUUAGAGAUACUGUGACUAUAAUAUAAAGCUAUAUUAUGGGUAUUGUUUGGAUAUGGGAGUGUGUGCUUGGAAAGUCCAAAUAUUAUUGUAUUGUAUGGGAAUUUGAGUGUGAAUGUUGAAUGCGCAUGGUUCAUGGUUCUGUGUGGGCUCGUAAUUGUCACAAAUAUUGUAUUGUAUGUACACAUUUGACCACACGUAUUAGCGUUAUUAGUUGUAACAUGUACAUGUAUCGUUACGUUAACAAGUCUUAAUUAUUAUAUAUGCUACUGAUUUGGGAGGAUUUUAGCGGUUAUUGGUUAAAAUUUAAUGAGUUGUUCAUCUUUAAUAGAUUACCUUUUGACAGUAUAUUAGAGCUUUCCUAACCUGACAGAAAGUGCAGACAGUGAAUGCAUAUUCCUUGCAUAUUUUAUGAGAAUAAAACACUAAUUCUAAGCAUUCUUAAAACGUUUGUUUUUGUUUUGGUUGGAAAUCUGGCUCAGUUAUUAAUGUAUGUAAAAUGAUAUACAAUGAAUGCAAAUCUUUACAGUAUGUGUCUAAUAUGCUACUGACACAAUUAAAUAUUGUUUAGCUGACUGGAAGGGCUAGGAGCAAUGCCAGUAUUUUAUUGUUUGUUUGUUUGUUUGUUUCUUUUGACUAUGAUUUGGGACCUUGUUUCUGAUUGGUCCUCUGAUGACUCCUAUAAUAACUAAUGAGCCUUGAUCACAAGAGGAGAGUCAACAUGUAUAGUUUGGACACCAGUGUGACAAAGGAGAAAGUAUGUUUUAAUAAAACUGGGUUUUAUAGGGGGAGAGUUUGGGUUACUGGUGGACAAAGAGUCCUCGUUAUGAGCCACAGAACCGAUUUAUUUUACAUUUUCAUUUUCAUGCAAAAGAUGCUCUUUAUGGACAUUCUGCUGCCUCCAUUGUGUCGCCUCCCUGUCAGCAUUGACUUUGUAUGUGCUCUUACAGUGUAUCUAAUGUACAUAACAAGACUAUAUGUCUUGUAUCUGUUGCAUUUUAUGAAUAUAUGACAGAUUGGGAAAUCAUCAUCAUCUGACACAGAUUGGGAAAUGGCUCGAGUGUUUUCAGCAACAUCAGCUCACUUUUUAUAGACGAGCCAGGACAGACUCAGCGACACCGAUGUGAAAAUCACGUGGUUGCUAUAAAGUGUUGAAUUUGUUGAGUGCUGCCAUUCCAUGAAACAAAGAUGAGGAAAUACGUCUACAAGUCUGCAAUACCAAGUCCUAUGUGUUGUUAAAAUUCAGUGCUUUUAGAUGGUGCCACUGCUCAAGCUGUACUUGACUGCUCUUCUGUCAACAUAAACAGUGCUAACAUAUAAUAAAAAUCCAUUUAUUCAGCUGU